GCGGUUUUCCUCGGAUGUAAACGGUCCCUUAACCAGUCGGGGCAAUAUUGGCAGAGGGGAAGAAGACACUGGAGUUGUAGUCGUCGGUGCCAGUUGCACGACCGAGCAUGCAGUGAAUUUGUAGUUUUUUCUUUGUAUUUGCAAUAUGAAGAAUGGAAGAAGACGAUGUCACUAUCAGAGAGCAGAAUUUCCACAGCCAAGUUCGAGAGUACAUCAUUUGCUUCCUCAUGUUCGCGGUCCUCUACAUUGUGUCCUACUUCAUCAUCACGAGAUACAAGAAGAAGAGUGAUGACCACGAGGAUGAAGAUGCUGUUGUCAACAGAAUAUCAUUUUUCUUGUGCACCUUCACCCUGGCAGUGUCGGGCGGUGCCGUCUUCCUCCUGCCUUUCUCAAUCAUUAGUAACGAGAUCCUCCUCUCCUUCCCCAAAAACUAUUACAUCCAGUGGCUCAACGGCUCCCUCAUUCACGGACUGUGGAACCUUGUGUCACUGUUCUCCAACCUUUGCCUCUUUGUCCUGAUGCCCUUUGCCUAUUUCUUCCUGGAGUCUGAGGGAUUUGCGGGAUCUAAAAAGGGCAUUAAGGCGCGUAUACUCGAGACCUUUGUGAUGCUCUUCCUGCUGGCUUUGCUCAUCCUGGGCAUCGUGUGGGUGGCGUCAGCGCUCAUUGACAAUGAUCCAGCCUGCAUGGAAUCACUCUACGAUCUUUGGGAAUUUUACCUACCAUACCUCUACUCCUGUAUAUCUCUGAUGGGAGGACUGCUUUUACUCAUGUGCACUCCUGUGGGAUUGUCCAGGAUGUUCACCAUCAUGGGCCAGUUACUAGUGAAGCCUACAAUCCUGGAGGACCUGGAUGAGCAGAUUUACUGCAUCCAUUUGCAGGAGGAAGCCCUUCAGAGGAGAUUAAAUGCAGGAUCGUCCUCACACACGUAUACUCGAGGAAGCGUUACUCUGCAGCUCAACAAAGAACUGGACAAUAUUAGAAAUCAGAGGACUAAAUUGGAGAGAAGAAAGAAAGCAUCGGGUUGGGAGAAGAACUUGUUGUAUCCCAUAGUGAUGCUGAUCCUGCUCGCAGGCACGACAAUCUCAGUUCUUAUGGUGGCAUUUAAUAUCCUCUACCUUCUGGUGGAUGAGACUGCCAUGCCCAAAGGAUCCACGGACCGAGGCAUUGGGAACACCUCUCUGUCCACAUUUGGCUUGGCUCAGGCGGUGCUGGAGAUCAUCCUCAUGUUCUACUUGAUGGUGUCCUCUGUCGUUGGCUUCUACAGCCUGCGAGUCUUUGAGGGACUCACUCCCAGGAACGAUGACACAACCAUGACAACGAUCAUUGGUUGCUGUGUCUCCAUUCUGGUCCUGAGUUCAGCCCUGCCAGUGAUGUCCAGAACUCUCGGUAUCACCAGGUUUGAUCUCCUGGGAGACUUCGGGAGAUUUAAUUGGCUGGGAAACUUUUACAUUGUCCUUUCAUACAACCUGCUGUUUGCGGUCGUGACAACACUCUGUCUAGUGCGAAAAUUCACCUCGGCAGUACGGGAAGAGCUUCUCAAGGCCUUGGGUUUGGAUAAAUUGCAACUGUCAAACACCCCCACGGACCCUGAAUCUGGAAAGCUCUCGGCCAACGGGCAUCAGAAAACUCUGUGAACGGGACGAUAGAUCAACACACAUACACACCCGAGCACAGCCUAAGGGACAUUUCGACAGUACUGCCUGGCUUACUGAAAGGUAAAAGGGAUUGGAAGAAACUUAGUGAACCCAGGCAAUGUCUGACGGAUGCUGCAAUUGGAGGCUGAGAGCAAUUUAGCUUCGUGACAUUCCUUCCUCUGCGUCUCGGGUGGAAGCUGGGACAGAGCCAGGGAUGAGACUGAGGAGUGAAUUAGACUGGCAUCACUGCAGUGACCUUGAUGUUGACCUCAACCGCAACUGUGACUUUAAACCACCAUCUCUUGCUUCAGGGCGCCCCUCCCCCUCCCUCCCCGUCCCCAGCAUUGCUACCUGUUUUUCUUCUACAACCUCCUCGCCGCUGCACUAGAGGUAAAGCAGGUCAAACAAUGUCUUUUUUUCGACAUCUAACUAAAAGGCAAAGGUUUUUUUUUAAUUAUCACCAUGCUCCUCCUCUGCAAUAGUAUAGUAAAUAGACCCCCGCGAUCCAAUGAGAGUAAUGUUUCAGUCGGUAUGUACAUGGUAAUUGGCGUCGGUGACACAUGGAGCAUUUACAGUUGAUGGUCUCUAAUCUUUGGUCUUUGGUUGUUAUGUGAACUGAGGCGGGCAUGAUAAGCAGUCAAUUUGUCUUUUUUUUGUUCUGUUCAAGCUUAAAAUGUGAAAAUAACUCAAUGUGCUCUGUGAGGCAUGACAUAAGUCAGUUAUUCACUCAUCACCUCCGAUAUAUGAAACUGCACGGCAUCAAUAGGAUCCACAGGAUAUGCAUUGGCACCGUCGUCAUCGAUGGGCCUCAUCCGUCUUUUUAUUUGGCUUUACUGAAGUGCGCUUUAACUUUAUUGAUGAUGUCAUGAUUGGUAUGAGGUAGGGUUAGAACUUAUUUUAGGUGCUCUAGAUUCAACUUGAGCUACUCUACGAAUAGAAAACUAUGGAGGUUGCAUCCACUUCAGUUCCAACGGGCAGAAUGCUUUAGUUCAUUGGAGUUGAGCCUGUGGUUGUAUUUCCUAGAAUUUUAUAACGCCAAUGUAUAAUUUUUUUUUCAAAAACGUCAUCACAUUUCAUCACAAAAUAUUUUAAAUUCACAGGGCACAGAAAACAUUUGUCAAAUAGUUUGUCAUUUUUGUAAAUGUUGUAGUUACUUGUACAUAUUAUAUUGUGUUUCAUACUUUUGCAUUAUUUGGAUGUAAAUAUUAGGCUCCUGUUGAGCCCAUUGAGGGUCUGACUCACUCAGCAAGCUGUAUUUUGUUGUACAUAUUUUUGUAUAAACACCUAAAUCGAAUCAACAGUCUUCACAUACAGAAUGCAUGAGUGAGAAUGUGGGUGACUCGGUGACUCAGGCCUAAUUUACAUGUAGUUUAUCGCUGCGAACUCUUCUGAACCGUUACGUUCUCUGUCUCCAACACCACCUUAAAUGCCUUAUACGACUCUCAUCUCGCAGGCUUCGUGUUAAGGUUGUUUCUUGUUCCGUGUUGUUUGUCGAUGUGCGCGUACCGAUGUGUACCAGUACAUGGUUUGUCUCUCAGACAGUUCCACUGUGAUCCCCUGUACGCCACCAAGAUUCUAGUCUCAAGCCAGCUAGAUAUUAUGUACACAUCACUUUUUUUUGGUCUUGAAUGUUUUCACAGUAGCUCUUUCGAAGUGAGAAGCUACAUUUUGAGACUCAUUCAUUACCCAUACGGCUAGAGUAGGAUUGAGUGAUCCGUGAUGUUGUCUCUCUGGCGUUAUAGAUGUCAUGUGUUUUCAUGGUGACUAAAGUGACAUGACUAUGACAAAAGAAAAGGCAUGAAGGAAAAUUUCCAUUUAUUUAUGUAUGUAUAUAUAUAUGUAUGUGUAUAUAUGUGUUUAUUCAUAUAUGUAUAUAUGUGUAAAUGUAUAUAGAUACAUAUAUUAUAAAUAUAUAUAUGUAUAUAUAUAUGUGUGUAUAUAUAUGCAUAUAUUAUAAAUAUGUGUAUAUAUGUGCAUUUGAAACAUUUGUUUCUGAGGGCGGGGAAUGUUCUACAUCUAAGCUGACUCCCAUUGUUUUUUGCGAUGUUAGAAAGACUGGAUUUAAAGAAAACUCAGUUCUGAAACCCCUGGUGAAGCCACCUCCUCCAAUCAGCAAAUUGAACUGAGAAUGUUACCAAAAAGAUAAGGGUAAAGGUAGAUGUUCUAGUGUGUUGUGUGCCAUUUCAUUGGAUAGUCUGAAUAAUUAACAUGAGCCAAAGUGAUACGGCAAAGCAAAACGGAUGAUACUAUAAAUUAGCAAAAUAUCAUUUAAAAUGUUAGAUACAUUUUUAUAAAAUAUUGUAUGACUUGAUCUGGAUGGGCUGCAUAAACUACACGGCGUGAGUUGGAUUUUUUCCACUUGUGGUUGUGCAUCCAUCCACGUUGGUAACAGUGAAGUGUCACCGCCCUCAUAGAACGUUGCAUACAGAACUGGGAGACAUUUUCUAUUCAAGAGAUUUUUUGGUUGCCUUUACAGUUCAUCUCGUCAUCUCUGUUGUGUGUCGGGUUUCAAAGGUUGAGAGUUGGCCUGUAAGUGAAGCAGCUGUUUGUCUGUAUGUCAGUUGGUCGCUGCACGUCAUUUUUGGUACAUGUUUUGUGAACGUCUUCUUUUUUUACGAUUUCUCAGUUUGCUAAAUGUACGUUUGGUUAUUUUUUUGAUGUCUGUGUUUGCAAAUAAACGUAGGAAAAAAAUGC